AUGAGCAACAUCCACCAAAUGAAGCGGUACGCCAUCGUGGGCACGCCCACACCAACCGACGGGUGGUCGUCGUACUUCGACUCAUGGACAACAGAAGACAGCCAAGUGCCCACAUUCGAACCGCUUAUUGUGGACGAUGAGCUUCACCCCGACGUGAGCAACAUACGGUUCAAUCUGGAUAUGGACAUGGAGGUGGACUGGGACAUGGACAUGCAGUCACCCUAUGUCAGUGCCCUCCAGAGCAAUGGGAAAGCGAAAUUAAAUGGUGGUCAUCCUGACUAUCAACGACAUGGAUCACAACGGAAUGACGUUGCUGGGUGGGAACGACCGUGGCUGGGGCGCGCACAUGACGACGGUGGACGGCCCCUGCAUAGAGGUAAGGUCCAGAUAGGCGCGGGCGAGAAGGCUUCAGGCGUCGAGGGCGCGCCAGGCUGGGUUAGGGGAACGGGCAUGGGCAUGGGCGUGCGCACAGGCUCAGAUGUCCUCCCAAGGGUGCCACCAGUGCCACCGCUGGGCGUUAGGCGGGCAUUCAAGGUCAAGGUCAGUUUGGUCUUUCAGUCAUUCCUCCCAGCCCACCUACACCAUCACGUACUGGCAUCACUGUCCACCCCACCGUUUGCAUCAUCGUUCCCCGUUCAUGCCAUCACUGCUCGCCUUCCUCUUACUGUUUCCUUGGUCAUGGCCACCCGCUGUGGUCCUUCUCGCCCAGCCCUGCAGCCUGCCACACUCUAUCUACAACCUCCACGGCCUACCACACCUAGGUCGUUCUUCUGGUUUCCAGGUUUUCGACAGCUGCAAGCUUGA